GCCAACAAACUUUAUGCCAAGUUGCCGCACAAGAGAAACACCAAGUGGAUGUCUCGCAAAUUUAAAGCAGGGGAACUUGACAUCAGGUGAAGAAACACAAUGGAGCUGAAACCUUUAUUGAAGAAGCUGGGCACAACAGUUCGUGCCAUCCUCACUUUCACCUUUGCUCUGCUGGUCCUGGGCGUAAUGGUGUGGGCCUAUGUUGACGGUUUCCAGCUGGCCACCUCCAAGUAUGGAAUCAUCUCCUUUGGCUUUUAUGGACUACUCCUCUCACUCCACGUGUUGGUCCAGAGCUUAUUUGCCUUCAUUGAGCACCGGCGAAUGAGAGCUCGCACAGACCCCUGCACAUUAACCAAAACCAUUGGCUUCACUAUAUCAGCGUUCCAGGAGGACCCUGUGUAUCUCAGAGAGUGCCUAAACUCCAUCAGGGCCCUCAAGUAUCCCCCUGAGCUGCUGCGCAUCAUCAUGGUGAUAGACGGGAACAAAGAUGAUGACCGGUAUAUGAUGGACAUGUUCAGGGAGGUGUUUGCGGACCAAGACCCUGGCUGUUAUGUGUGGAAGAACAACUACCAUACAUGGGACCUCAUUCAGGCCCAGCAGGAUGUGGAAAUGGCAACAGAAAUGGGCCCAGGAGGGGAUGCUGAUCAUAUUGUAGGUGAGGAUCUACAGCGAAAGGAGGUAGAGCGCCUGAUCCAGAGCAAGAGGUGCGUAUGCAUCAUGCAGAAGUGGGGCGGCAAGCGGGAGGUGAUGUACACAGCCUUUAAAGCACUCGGGCCAUCAGUUGACUAUAUACAAGUGUGUGACUCGGACACCAAGCUGGACCCUCUGGCAACCAUGGAGCUGUGUAAAGUGUUGGAGAGUAACCACAAGUAUGGAGCUGUGGGAGGAGAUGUGAUGAUCCUCAACCUGAAAGACUCUUACAUCAGCUUCAUGAGCAGUCUGAGGUACUGGAUGGCUUUCAACAUCGAAAGGUCCUGCCAGUCCUUCUUCAACUGUGUGUCCUGCAUAAGUGGCCCUUUGGGUCUGUACAGGAAUGAUCUCCUCCAGCAGUUUCUGGAGUCCUGGUACAAUCAGAUGUUUUUGGGAAGUCACUGCACGUUUGGUGAUGACAGACAUCUUACCAACCGAAUGCUGAGCAUGGGCUAUGCUACAAAAUACACAGCCCGCUCCAAAUGCUACACAGAGACACCUGCUCAGUUUCUGCGCUGGCUUAACCAGCAGACCCGCUGGACAAAAUCUUACUUCCGCGAGUGGCUCUACAAUGCAAUGUGGUGGCACAAGCACCACUUCUGGAUGACCUACGAGUCCAUCGUCUCAGGUAUUUUCCCCUUCUUUGUCACCGCCACCAUCAUCCAGCUGUUUUGGACAGGCACGCUGUGGGACAUCCUUUGGAUCUUGUGCUGCAUCCAGCUGAUCGGGCUGGUGAAAGCGGCAUACGCCUGCAUCCUGCGAAGAGACAUGGGGAUGGUGUUUAUGUCCCUCUACUCGGCUCUGUACAUGACCAGCCUGCUGCCUGCUAAGUACUUUGCCAUUCUCACCAUGAACAAAAGCAGUUGGGGGACAUCAGGCAGGCGUAAGAUUGUAGGGAAUUACAUGCCCCUCCUCCCUCUGUCAGUGUGGGCAGCCAUUUUAUUAGGUGGGCUCGGUUACACAAUCUACAAGGAGAGUCAACAGGAUUGGUCUACACCAGCCAAGAUACUGGAAACAAAGUUUAUUGUCUUUGGCUGUGUGGCCUACACGUGCUACUGGCUGCUUAUGAUGUUCCUCUACUGGGUAUGGUUCCGCCAGUUAUGUAGGAAACGCAGCCAAAGUUACGCAUUGAGUGUGUAGGCCCAAAGUGUCUAGUAAAGGAAGAUAAUUUAUUUGAAUUCAACAAUAUACCUUAUUUUAUUCAGUGGGUUUCAUUUAUUUAUUUUAUCUCACAUUUCAGUAACUAAUGGACAUGGGCUUUCAUGCAGCUGCUAAACCAACAAACUUCAAAAUAUUGUUAAAAUUGAUGAUAUGGAUCCAUAUUACCUGAGCAUUUUUGAAAAACUAAAUUUAUAAUGACAAAUGUCACUAUAAAAGAAAAAGACUAUAAAGACAAAUGUUUAAUUCAUAUAAAGGUGCUGUUGCACAUUUAAAUGAAACUAUACUGAGGGCUUUUGGGCCAAUGCACUUCUCAGGUUUAUCUUUGUCAGAUUAUGAUGGGAGAGAUGGCCUUCCAUCAGAUAUUUAUUUAUUAUAUCUAAAGAUUGGAAAUCUGCUAUUUAGAUAAUUCUUUUGUAUUCAAAAGGUGGGUAAUGGAUCUUGGGGUAUGUGUCUUUUAAAAAUAUUCAGACCAUAUGUCCACAUAUGUGUAUAUAGAUUACUUUAACAACACAAUUAACUCCACUUGUAUGACUGUGUCAGUUUAGUGACCACUACUUCACCACUGUAUUGCAUUGCACUGGAUCCUGGAUGGCACUUUCUGCAGCGUUGCAGACUUACUUGAAAAUAUAGAAAACUGUUAUAAACAGUUAUAGUUUUGCAGAGUCUGAGGAUCAAAACAUGGAGUCACUUAAUGAAACCUGAAACAAUGGGGACUGAUGUUUCUUUAAAUAUUGUAUACCUAUAUUUUAUACCUAUUUUCUUGAUAGGGUGUACUGUGUAAGAUGCACUUUG